CGGAAGUGACCGGGCUUCGGGAUCUCCAAGCUCACGAACAUAUCGUCUGAUAUUGCUGUAAAACUUUUUUUAUUUUAUUCACUCAUAAAUUGGCUCUGGAGUCCUUUCAGAUACUGAGUUUUGGACACUGGGCCCUGAGGCAUCAACAUCACAGACAAGAGCAAACCAUCAUCAUGCGUGCUCACGAUGCUAUGCAGAGCGAGGAAGCCAAUGAUGCUGCUUGGGAGGCUGCAAGAGGAGGUGUUGCUGGUGCAGUCAAGUGGGGAAUAGGUGCCGCAGUGUUGGGUGCUGCCGGGUAUAUCUGGUCGCCGUUGUAUCGAUCCAUGACGAUUCAGUUCAAAGUGUAUUUACAAAUGUGCGGCAUGGUGCCUGGGGCCAUGAUCGAGGCAGACUCACGGCUCAGAGCUUACGAGCACCGAGUGAGAAUGCAGCGGCGGUUGAUGGGAGACAGGGCUAAAUGGGAACGGUAUGAGGAGGAAUUUAUCAAAGGUGAUGGCAAGUGAUCGCCUCUGGCGCGGAACCAGAGUCCCUAUGAUCUCAAUCUCUCACUGAAAAGUCUUGACUGCAACUGCCUGGGGUAUAACGGCGUACAUAUGUCACAUUAGAGAUGACCAUCGAGUCGUCUGUGUAAAUCACAUUACUUUAGCAUCUUUCCUUCGCUUUCUCAGUCGAAUACCAACUCCAACGCCAAUGAUGCACCCAUGUCUAGAUUCAUCUCCAUAUUCUAUACCCGAAAUCGCUU